AUGAGUGAUAUUCUCGUUCGCACUGUCGUGAAUUUUGUGGCUCGAGGAGAGGUGAAAGUUUGGCGAACUCACAAGCCUUGCACAGCUCUGACGUCGAAUCCUUUCUGCGAUCGCCAAGUCUUCCAGAGAUACUCGGAUCUCGAUCCCAACCAAGUUAUCGUCUCUGUUUCGAAUGAAAUUAACCAGGAAAUGGUGAAAUUAUGGUCUCAGAUUGACAAUGGCGUUGCUGCAAUAAACUUGCCGCCUUGUUCAAAUGGAGAAUUUGUGUCUUAUCCUGAAGUGUGUGCAAAUGCAGGAUGCAUUCGUGGAAAGUACGAAAGUGGAAGGAUAAAGCCUUAUGAGGCUUUCUACGGAAUUCCUUAUGCUGAACCGCCAGUGGGAAAAUUGAGACUGGAGAAUCCUGUGCCGUACAGUGGAUGGAAAGGAUAUUGGGAUGCCACGUAUCCUCGAGAGGCUUGUUUGCAGAAGAACUACUUAUUGCUAGGAGGACCCAUUUCGGGAUCAGAGGAUUGUCUCUAUCUCAACGUUUAUCGGCCGAGUACUUGGAGUAGAAAGAAGAAACUCCCUGUUUUGGUGUAUAUUCAUGGUGGUGCUUAUCUUGGAUUUUCUGGUCGUCCUGAUAACUUUGGACCACAUUAUUUAAUGGACAAUGGAGAAGUGAUCUAUGUGGCUCUUUCCUACAGACUAGGAGUUUUCGGAUUCCUCAGUUCAGGAGGAGAUGGAGUGGUGCAAGGAAACUUUGGAUUGAAGGAUCAGCAACUUGCUUUGGAAUGGAUUUUCAACAAUAUCGAAUCCUUUGGCGGAGAUUCGAGUGCUAUAACUAUAUCUGGCGAAAGUGCUGGAGCUAUAUCAUGUUAUUUCCAUCGGGCCAUUUUAUUUAGUGAUACUGCUUUAACUGCACACGCUCUUUAUACCCAGGAUUUUGCUACUCAGUAUAGAUUAGUGGCGAAAAUUGCCGGAAUAGCUGACUGGGAAACGGCGUCUACGAGUGAUUUAGCGUAUCAACUGAAGAGAGUGGAUGGUCUAAGUCUUGUCGAUAUCGACGAUUUAAUCCCGAUCGCCCUUACUCCUACUAUACCUCUUGGUCCUUGCUUGGAAGGUGACUGGGAUGGCGCCUUCUUAAAGGAGAAUCCUCAUAUUCUGUGGGCCGAGGGAAGAUUUAACCAGAAACCCAUUUUGACGGGUGUCGUGAGAGAUGAGGGCACUCUGGUCGUCGCUAUAACACAUAACAAGACUAUAGUAGAUGCUUUCAAUGCAGAUAUUUAUAAUUAUCUACCGAUAAUGCUGAAUUUUGAUCCUCGAUAUGUAUUCGAUGUUCUGAAGUUCUACUUUGGAGAUAAGGAAUAUAUCGAUGAAUCCAAUUAUGAUGAAUUUGCUACGAUGUUUGCUGAUAGAGUUUUCAUACAUCCUUUGAUUACUUUUGUCAGGCAGUACUUAAAAUAUGCGGAUGUUGAGAAAAAUCCGAUUUAUCUUUACGAAUUCUCAUUCACCGGUCCUUAUACUUUCAUCACAAAUCUGGGUGCAACGGAAAAUCUUGGAGUCGCUCAUAUCGAUGACCUCAUGUACUUAUUUUCAAUGACAUCACUUUUCCCGAUAUUCGAGCCUGACACAGCGGAAAGCAGAAUGAGCGAUAUUUAUGUUCGCACUGUCGUGAAUUUUGUGGCUCGAGGAGAGGUGAAAGUUUGGCGAACUCACAAGCCUUGCACAGCUCUGACAUCGAAUCCUUUCUGCGAUCGCCAAGUCUUCCAGAGAUACACGGAUCUCGAUCCCAAUCAAGUGAUCGUUUCGAUUAGCAAUGAAGUCAAUGAGGAAAUGGUAAAAUUGUGGUCGACUAUUGAUAUGGGUGUGAAUGCUGUAAAUUUCCCACCUUGCACUGGUGGAAAUUGCAAGUGUUAA